GUGGCUAACCUGCCGUGGUGCAACCGUCGCUAGCUAAACAAACAUGGCUCGUCUACAUUACAAGACCACAGAUCCAAUGAUAUGUAGGAGGAUGAGAAGGGGAAUAUGCGACGAUCAAUAAGAAAUGUGCCAAACAUAAAGCUGUAGAUGGAGAGUUGAUAUAUUGUGAAGCUGGUUAGCUUAGUGUAGCCUUUUGUGACCGUGUUUACACACAGCUAGGUUAGCUCUCCAGUUGGCUAAUGUAAGCUAGCAAAAUGGACCUUGGAACAAUGUUGUACAACAAUUUAAAAGACGUUACGUGGAGCACGACGUCCUUGCCAUUAGAUCAACUUGUCAGUGCUUAUAGGCUGCCUCAGAUUGCCAAGCUGGAUAACGGUCAGUUGGUUGAAGGGCUCAGAGACAAUGACUACCUCUUGAUUCAUUCCUGUCGUCAGUGGACGACUAUUACUGCUCACAGUCUGGAGGAGGGACACUACGUCAUUGGGCCCAAAAUAGAGAUCCCAGUACACUAUGAAGGUCAGUUUAAGCUACUGGAGCAGGACAGAGAUGUCAAGGAGCCUGUACAAUACUUCAACAGCGUGGAGGAGGUGGCCAAAGCAUUCCCUGAAAGAGUAUACGUCAUGGAGGAAAUCACUUUUAAUGUUAAGAUGGCUUCAGGGGAAUGCAAUGAAGACACAGAGGUUUAUAACAUUACACUAAGCACCGGUGAUGAGCUGACACUAAUGGGCCAGGCUGAGAUCCUCUAUGCCAAGACCUCCAAAGAAAAAUCAAGAUUUAACACCAUUUUCAAGAAGAUCGGGAAGCUGAACUCCAUCAGUAAGAUCGGCCGAGGCAAGAUGCCCUGCUUGAUCUGCAUGAACCAUCGCACCAACGAGAGCAUCAGCCUGCCUUUCCAGUGUAAAGGCAGGUUCAGCACGUGCAGUCCUCUGGAGCUUCAGAUGCAGGACGGCGAGCACACCAUCAGGAACAUUGUGGAGAAAACCCGUCUCCCAGUCAAUGUCACAGUACCCAGCAGUCCACCUCGCAACCAGCAUGACCUCCAUCUCAUCCGGGAGGGCCAUCGCUACAAAUUGGUCAACAUUCAGACGAAGACCGUGGUUGUGUGCUGCAUUCUGCGAAGCAACAAAAUUAUCCCCAUCCAUUUUCCCUUUCACAUGGCCAUGCCUAGAUUUAUUAUUCCAGAAGAACUGCUGCAAGGAGAGCUGUGGCUAGACACAAUGGUACAUCGCUGGUUCUCCUUCUGCCAGGAGCAGUUUGACAUAGACGACUAUUCUCGUGCUGUCCGCGAUGUGCGGACGGACUGGAACGACGACGGUAAGAGCCCUAAGAAAGGCAGCGGGAACGGUAGUUGCAGCGGGAGCAGCGGCGGGAGCAGCAACUCCAACGGGUGUCCCAGCCACAUGCAGAUUCCCAGCUCUUUAACUUACGCCCGGGAUGAACUCACCCAGUCCUUCCACCGACUCUCUGUGUGUGUGUAUGGCAGCAACCUGCACGGUAACAGUGAGGUCAACCUGCAGGGCUGUAUGACACUGUGUGGAGACUGGGCUCUUCUGCCCUCGGACAGCAUUCCUUCAGACUCAGGAGAAAGCGAACACUUUCUCCCUGAGCUGCUGGACAGCACAAGCCAGCAGCCGUCACUCAACAAGCCAGAUGUUCCCUAUGAAGAGCUGUGGCUGGAUCACCUGAGAGGUCAGAUCCCAAAACCCUCUUUAAGCGAGGGAAUCCGGGGCAUCAACAAUGGCUGCGGUACGACAGCAGCCCUUUCAUACCCAGUCACUUGUCCUCUUGGGGCAAUAACCAGUUCAGAUGUCUCUCUUACGCCACCACCGGUCCCACCCAAGUCUGAAGCUGUGAAGGAAGAAUGCCGUCUCUUGAACGCCCCACCAAUCCCUCCACGAAGUCUCAAACAGAUGCCGUCGGUGCCCAUCCUGUCAAAGCCACGGCAGCAAGAGACUCGGUCUCCAAGUCCAACCCUGUCCUACUAUUCUUCUGGUCUCCACAACAUAAGUGGAGCAUGUGAACAAGAAGCAGCCGACCCGCAGGAGCAAAGCCACGUGUGUUACCCCUGUAACUGGGGUAAAUCCAGCAGCACUGAGCCAAACGCUGCUUUGCCCAGUGGUAGCCUGCCGUCAGAUGGGAUGUCCUCCAGGUUGUCUUGGCCAAAUAACUUCAGUGGAGGAGAAUCACACUGCAUGGAGGAAUUUCUACCAGCCAGCUGUCGGAGUUACUACAGUUACCCCAGGAAGAGAUCCCCCAGCACCCCAAAAACCUGUACAUCAAGCCUGGUUGACUUUGAUGGCCGAGAGCACGCACACAGCGGGAAGGACUUCAGGCUGCAGAACGCCACUCUGAAUCAGUUCUGCACCAAAUCCUCAAGCUACAACUCAGAAAUGUACAGAGACAAGCCAAUAGAAGAAUCUAACACGAAGCAGAGCCUCUCUUGUCCCAUCUUACCCCCGAGAACGCCAAAACCAAAUGCCGCAGAGAAGGACACAGACUUACCGCCGGGGUCAGUCUGUGACAGCAAGCAGGAAGCUUCAGAUUGUUCAGCUGCUCAACAGGAGCAGAGCACCAAAGAGAUUUAUUCCAUCUCUAACUCAUUAACUAGCUGUCCAUCCUUUUCUCCCACUGCACCGUGGCAGCCCCCGUCCAGCCUGGCUGGCCUGUCUAUCGAAGAGGUGUCCAGGUCUCUGAGAUUCAUCGGCCUGCCUGACGACAUUGUUUCUCUUUUUGUGUCUGAGAAGAUUGAUGGGAAUUUACUCCUGCAGCUCACUGAGGAGAUUUUGUCUGAGGACUUCAAGCUAAGCAAACUGCAGGUGAAGAAACUCAUGCAGUUCAUAAAUGGGUGGAGACCCAAGAUAUAACUAACAGUAUAUGACACUAAGACCUGCUGUAAAGCAGGGAAACUCAUGCCUUCAGUAUAUAUGCUAUGCACACCAAGCCACAGAGAGUUUCUUUUGUAUAAUAUGAAUUUAUUUCCUUGUUACUAUAUUGUGGGGAAGGUAGCUGGGUAAUACUUCCCGGCCCUGUUAAAGUCUGUGACUGCUCUUUACUAACUGAAUGGAAUCAUUUGGCACUUUCAUGAAGACGUUUUCACCCACAGCCUACAAGUGUUCAUGUCAUUAUUCAGAUUCUAAUUUAAACCAACAAAUAAAAAAAAAACAAAACACAGAUGAGACGAGGACGGAGAGAAGAGAUCUGCUUAAUGAGGACGAGGACGUGCGAUUCUGUUCUUAAAGGCCAUCACAGACAUACAAACAUCACAGAGUUUCUGGGGUUUCAAGGAUUUUUAAAAGAGCACAGACCAAUUAUGGUAUUUUAAUUUUCAAAAAAAUAAUGUAACAGCAACAAGCUUCCAUCCCAAGCUCUUAUACGGUUAAUCAGUCAGUGACAUUUGACGUCUGCACUGUUUUAGUUUUCCUGAGGUCAGGGACGUGACAGAGGACAUUACUGUCAGUGCGUUUCUGAACGUCACAAAUCAAAACAGUCGAUCAAAUUCGCGACUGACAAAUGGCGUCAAGUCGACCAACAGGUAGAAGACGAUAGAAGAUUCACCUGUGUUCUUUUAUGAAUCGACCCCUUUAAGCUCUUCUUAAGCACAAAGCCUCGCCUGCGUCAGUAAAGGUUUGUUUUACUUUUCCAAAUGUAAAUGAUGUAAACCCGUGAGCCUGUGGCGUCACACUGAUGUACAGCUCCUCAGAAAGUGAACUGGAAACAUGAUUUCCUGCUCUGAGUAGGUCGAUAGAUUAAAGAAGAAAGGCUCGUGAGAUAAAACAGCAGAAUCAUCUUUGAAUGUAAAUGGAGAAGUUUGUGUCUGUGCAUCAGUCUGAUAUCACUGAGGUCGGAAUCGUACGUGUGAUAUCCUACACCACAGAACUACACAGGUUAAAGAGUGAGACAGAUCAAAUGAUUGUCCUGUUUCUCAGAGAUGUUGUUUUUGUCAACUCUUCUUAUGCAAUGUCUUAUUUCCAUUUGAUGCCUUUUUUUUAAUAUGAACUUAAAUUCAGCUCUUUUCCUUCCUGCUUUAACCUAUAAAGUCUCCACUAAAAGUAGCCUGAGGUUACUGAUAACUGAUGAUGAAUGACUGAGGCCUUACUCUGAAACAUGGAGAUAACCAACAGAGGGGAUGAGUCGUUCUACAUCAAACACAAAUUAUGCAUCAUGCACUUUGGUAGAUCUCAGUUAAAUGAACUGCAGUUAAGGUCAUUAAUUAUUAACAUAUAAAAGAAGAGUGUCUAUGUAGAGAGAGUGAAUGCACUACAUGCUUUAUCCAAACUGAAACGGUACGUCUGCUUUGUUCUCAUUGUGUGUAUGUAAGCGUCUUCUAAUGCAAGAAACAAGUAAAAGCUUUUCUGCGCCUUAACCCAGAGACCUUAAAAUAUGUGAUAGUUCACUCUGGCUCAACAUUUUCAUUUUGCCAGUUUCUUGUCAUGAGGAUCUGCUUUACCAUCAGUGGGAGUGGUGUUUUUCCUCAGACCCUCAGAGGCAGCGUGAGCUAAAGCUGAAAAUCCUCUGCUAUAAUGAAACUGCUUUAUAUUUGGUACAUUUUCUUCUGUAGCUGUGAUUCAGAGUGGAUUCAUUUAUGCAGUUAAUUAACACAACAGUAAAUAUGCAGAGUUAUUGGACUGUUCAUACGGCUGAUAUACGAAGGUGCUGCAGCAGCAGUGGCACCUGUACAACUAUAUGUUUUGUUUUUGUCCCCUGUCACUUUUUGCAGUGGGGUGUUACAUAUUUUACUUGAUAUUUUCAUUUUGUAUGUAAAUGCAAAUUUAAUGUAUUUUUUUUAAAAGUGAUUACUAAUGUUGAAAUUAUUUUUAUUGGGAAAAAGCUCAUGUUCAAAUUUCUAUUCUUUUUUUUUUUUUCCUGUAAAACUUGGGUUCUGCUUGGGUUUGUAACUCCGUGCAUUAAAAUAACACAGUCAUGGAGAAGAAUCCUGCCAGCCUCACUACACUACAUGGACAGUGACCAACUAAUAAUGUCAGUAAGCCAUGUGUCCAGGUCAGUUUCCUUGUAACUUUGUCACAGUAUCCAUAUAUUUUCAUGGGGAAUGGCACGCGUCUCUUGACACUGUUAUUAUAUGGCAGUUUAAGUUCUAUGCAACAGCCACAGCGCUCAAAAGAGACCAUGGGAAGGAAGAAACAACAAAGAAGUGUCAUGUCAGAGUGACAGAAGGAGGCCGUGGAGGGUUAGGGUCAGGAGUUAUUUCAGGGGAAAGUCAUGCAUGCCAAAGGAAUUCUUCCACGUCAGUAAUUUUACUUGAAUAGUUCUGAGAUAUAAACUGUGAACACACUACGAUAACCAGCCGAGUCCCAUUAACUCACCACCAUCAGACAGUCAGUGCUGAAGACGUCCGUCAGCCUCGGCCACUUGUUGCCAUUUUUGUGCAAAAAGGAGGGAAAUGACUGUGACGCGGGGUUUGAUAGCAUUUGGAACAGUACUGGUCAGCAUUACUGAAGCCCUGAGUUACAAACACUUAUCCUUCAACUUAACUCUUGUUUCCCUGUUUUUGAUUGUAUAAUCUAUUAAAAUGGAUUAACUGA